AUGGUCAUAGUGAUCAGCAUUCUUAAAUUGGCUCUCUUUAUGUUGGUUCUGGUUCUCCAUCCCAGUAGCGAAGGCCAGUUAGUCCCUCUGGUACCAGUUACCCCUUUUGCCCCUCGCCCCCUCUGCAAUUUCCAAAUGGCCCUUGCCAAUCAGGCGUGUGCAUAUCUGCCAUUCGUACAAGUCCCUCCUCAAGCACCUCGGGCUCCAAUGGCUCCUCCCCCACCUUCAUCUGAUGAGGACGGGGAGGAUCACAGGCAUGGACGUCGUCAUAGACAUGACCAUGACCAUGAUGAUGAUAAUGAUAACGAGCAUGACCAUCAACACGACCACAAGCGUGGACAUGGGCAUAAACACCAUCAUCAUCAUAGGCAUCAUCGGCAUAGAGAUACGCCAAUAGAACAGCAAUGUUGUAAGUGGCUGUCUCAGGUUGAUGAUCAGUGUGUUUGUGAGCUGCUUGUUCGAUUGCCCCCUUUUCUUGCUAGACCCGUUCAUAGGUAUUCUGUAUUAGUUGGUGGAUCUUGCAACAUCACUUAUUCAUGCGGAAGUCGAUUAAGGGUCUAA